AUGCCAUACACCAAAAUUUCUUCAUGGAUUAAUCGACGUUUAAUAACUUACGAUGUUUCAGAAAUUCCAUUCAAAUUUAAACUUUUACUUAGAGGCAGUAGAGAUGGGUUUUCGGGUAAAACGUUUCACAGGCUAUGUGAUAACAUACCUAAUACUGUGGUGGUUGUUAAAAUUAAUGGCACGAAUGAAAUAAUUGGAGGUUAUAAUCCUCUUAUUUGGAAAGUUGGCAAUUCAAAUGACGAACAUGCAACAACAACUGAUAGUUUUAUCUUUGCUUUAAAAAAUGAAAGCUUAAACGAAUCUAUUCUUAGUCGUGUAAGUGAUCCAUCAACGGCAAUAUGGUAUGGUGAAAUAGAUCAAGGUCCAUGGUUUAGUGGUUAUGAUUUUGGAAUUAAUUCUAAAAAUUUAUGCUGUUGUAAUAAUAAUUACGGUUUACCAGAUGCUUAUGAAAAACUUAUUUCAUCAAAAGACGGUUGGUUUAGUGCUGAUGAAUUUGAAGUAUUCCAAAUUUAUAUAAAUGGGCAUCAAAUAUAA